CAAGACAGGCAGAGAGAGGAGAACAGGGAGUGAGAGAGCAGAGAAAGAAAAGCUUUUAUAGGGAGGAGAGCAGCAGCCAAGGCCACUGCAGGCAUCUGUGGGACUCUUCAUUGACUCUAAGACAAUGAGUGACUAUCAAGAGGAUCUGAUCCUACAUCUUGGAAUCUGAGGAUUACCUGAAACUCCAAAAGGACGAUAUUUUCAUCCUCUAAUACUGGACUUUCCCCAACCGCUGCUCACACUUUUUUUGGGCAGAAAGGAGAGGGGAGGAGGACGGCUCGUCCAUCAUGAAUGUCACCUCGCUCUUCUCCUUCACCAGCCCGGCGGUCAAACGGCUGCUGGGUUGGAAGCAGGGAGACGAGGAAGAGAAAUGGGCGGAAAAGGCUGUGGAUGCUCUGGUUAAGAAACUGAAAAAGAAGAAGGGAGCCAUGGAGGAGCUGGAGAGGGCUCUCAGCUGCCCGGGUCAGGUCAGUAACUGUGUGACCAUCCCCCGCUCUCUGGACGGGCGGCUGCAGGUGUCCCACCGGAAAGGUCUGCCGCACGUCAUUUACUGUCGGGUGUGGCGCUGGCCCGACCUGCAGUCUCACCACGAGCUGAAGGCCCUGGAAUGCUGCGAGUUCCCCUUCGGCGCCAAACAGAAGGAUGUGUGCAUCAACCCCUACCACUACAAACGAGUGGACAGUCCAGUGCUGCCCCCUGUGUUGGUACCGAGGAACAGCGAGUUCAACGCCAAGCAUACAAUGCUGCCUCGCUUCCGCAACCCUCUACAACAGAAUGAGCCGCACAUGCCGCAGAAUGCCACCUUCCCAGAAUCCUUUACUCAGGUCAACACAAUACCCGCCACUUUUCCCACCUCGCCGGUAAACAGCUACCCGAGCUCGCCAGGAAGCGGCAGCAGCAGCGCCACCUUCCCACAUUCGCCAUCCAGCACGGACCCCGGCAGUCCCUUCCAGAUGCCAGACACCCCUCCUCCUGCCUACAUGCCCCCAGAGGAGCAGAUGACGCAGGAUAUCCCCCAGCCGAUGGACACCACCCUGCUGGCUCCAACAUUGCCCAUAGAGAGUAACAACCGGCCAGAUGUGCAGCCGGUGGCCUACGAGGAGCCCAAGCACUGGUGCUCUAUUGUUUACUACGAGCUCAACAAUCGUGUCGGAGAGGCCUUCCAGGCGUCCUCCACCAGCGUGCUCGUGGACGGCUUCACAGAUCCCUCCAACAACCGCAACCGCUUCUGCCUCGGCCUGCUCUCAAACGUCAACCGUAACUCCACCAUCGAGAACACCCGGCGGCACAUCGGCAAAGGUGUCCAUCUGUAUUAUGUUGGAGGGGAGGUGUACGCAGAGUGUCUGAGUGACAGCAGUAUCUUCGUCCAGAGUCGUAACUGUAACUAUCACCACGGCUUCCAUCCCACAACCGUGUGUAAGAUUCCCAGCGGCUGCAGCCUGAAAAUCUUCAACAACCAGGAGUUUGCUGAGCUGCUGGCCCAAUCCGUCAACCACGGCUUCGAGGCCGUCUACGAGCUCACCAAGAUGUGUACCAUCCGCAUGAGCUUCGUUAAGGGCUGGGGAGCAGAGUACCACCGUCAGGAUGUGACCAGCACACCCUGCUGGAUUGAGAUUCACCUGCACGGCCCCCUGCAGUGGUUGGAUAAGGUGCUAACCCAGAUGGGCUCUCCCCACAACCCCAUAUCCUCCGUCUCCUAGGCUUCGCUGUCCUCAGCCUCGUGGCUGUCCAUACCCCAGCAUUUUAGUCUAAGUAGCAAGAAUAGCUUCCCAGAUUGGCUUGUGGUUUAGCAAGUCUGCCUUUUCCCAUAACUGAUGGAGGUUUUGACUGAAACACAAGCUGAUCUGGAACCAGUGGGGCUGGGCGUUUUUGUUAAAUGGGUCGGUUUGUUCUCUACUUGAAGGAUGUCUGAAUUGGGCACAUUUACAGUCUGGGAGAGGCGUAAGCAAAGUGAGCGUGAUGCAACUGGAAGAUACUUGAUCUUUGUGACCAACUGUAAUAAUUAGACCAUCACACUCAUCAUGACGCAAGUAUCCUCCCUGAUCUUGCUCCAACAAUGUCUCUUAUUCAUUGUUCUAUAAUUCUGACUCAUUGCUAGUUUUCAUCUAAAUAUUCCCUCUGAAAUCAAGAUAAAUGUGUAGUUACAAUAAUAAUGGGACAUUCCAGGUCACCAAAUUGCAGCUGGCGGAUGUUUACUGCCCGACUGCAACGAGGUUAACAUGAAAUGUACUUACAACAUGUAAAAUGUUUGCAGGGAGUUGGACUGAACAUUUUUAAUCAUCUCCAGAUACUUAAACAAGUAUUCUGUUUUACUCAAAAUGUUCUUUUUUUAGGUUAACAAAUUAAAGCAUUUCAACAUUUUUAUAAAAAUAGAAUCACAUAUCGCCAUGAAAAAACAACAGGGCAAAACUACGGGGAGUUUGAGAGUUACGACAGGGGUUUAGUGUGGGGCAUGGCACUAAAAGGGCAUUUCAGACGACUCAUGAAAAAAAGAUUAAUGUUUAAAUGUUGCUCAUCUUGCAUUGAAUGAGUUUUAUGGAAAAAAAGAAUAGUGUUUAGAUAUAUUCACUAUUAGACUAUGUGCUGUGCAGUCUGGUUUUGCAAAGCAUAGUUUGGUUAGUGUAGUUUCACACAUUUAAGACUGGUAGCUUAACACCACAAGAAGCAGAGGCAAGUGCAGUUUAGUUUGUCCUUCGCUGUAAACUCUGCAGUAAAAUGAAAUGUGUCAAAUACAGAGUGACAUUGAGGACAUAAAUAUUUCAGCAACUGCAUCGUUCUCUUAUUACAUUGACUGAGCAACACGUUUUAAAUGACUGCUAUGGGGAAAUGUUGAGCAUUCAAAUUGUAAUUGUUGACAGAAAAAAGGUUACUGAUGUCCCAAUAUUAAUUAUUUUUGUUUUUAUAAAAUGCAGAUGUUGCCAUUCAAUUCUUUUAUGCAAUCCUCUUUGCUAUUAAACUGUAUUACUCUUUACAUUCUUUUUGUAUUUUUCUGAACAUGUUUUUUUUGUUUUGGUUUGUCUGCACUUUCACACAUUGCCUCUUUGUUUUGUUUUAGUUUCUUUCUCCUUCUUUCUGUUUUUGCUCAGUAAAACUCCCAGAAAAGCAGUUUUAUUCCAUGAAUAUCAAGCCUCUACUGGAAGAUUCAAUAAAUUUGUUUCAUUACUUGCAGUA